AUGGGUCGAACUGAUGUGGCUGAUCCCCAUGAUGACUCGGCUAUUGACGUCUCCGAAGGUCCGAUUACAGCAAAGUCCCCGGCCGCCGUCGCCGACGAGCCCGAUGAGCUCAUAACUGUGACUCCCCAGCCGACUCCCGCCGUUACGUCUGUCGUCAAGGCAAAGGGCAAACGGAAGCGAGCGCUCCUUCCCGAUACCGACUGCGACGCAACCGACGAGCUCGCCAUCAUGGACGACGCCAAGGGGCCGAAGCGCAACCCCAAGCGCAAAGCCACCGAGGCCGUCGUGACGCAGAGCCGUUUGUCGGAGGAUACCCUCAAGGAGGCCCUGGCACCCGUCACCAUGGAGGAUAUCCGCCAGUGGACCGGCUGGUGCGAGCUCGAGUCUGAGCCGACAACCGACAAUGCCUGCGCGACCGUCGCCAUGAUGAACAUAGUCAUGAACAGCGACGUCGAGCUAGGCCCCGAGCUGCAGGCCUUCCGCGACUCGACAAAGGACAUGUGCUUCGCCCUGCGCGGCCACGCCCUCAGCCAAAACGCCCACAUCCGCACCAUCCACAACUCGCUCACGCGCAAAAUGGACCACCUCAACGCCGACCUCUGUCUCAGCAACAGCGCCGCGGCCUUUAAGAAGAACGCCAAGAAGCGCGCCAGGGCCGCCGCCGCAGGCACCAACACGACGCCGAAGAAGAGAAAGAGCACCGCCGCGGCAACGCCCAAGCGCAAGAAGAAGACCAAGAUCGACUCGGACUCGGGCUUCCACUUCAUCGCCAUCGUCCCCGCCCACGGCGCCGUCUGGGAGCUCGACGGCCUCAAGAACGGGCCCGUCCGUCUGGGCCCCGUGCACGACGACGCCGACUGGGUCGCGGCCGCGACGCCGUUCAUCCAGGACCGCAUGCGCCAGCUCGGCGAGGACUCGGUCCACUUCAACAUGAUGGCGCUGUGCAAGAGUCCGCUGGCGGCGGCCAAGGCGCGCCUCGCGCAGAGCGCGCGCCAGAUGGAGAUGCUGCAGGUCCGCGGCCGGACGGCGGGCUGCGGCGCCUUUCGGGAGCUGGUGGACGGGAACCCGCCGCCUCUGGCUGCUGCUGCUGCUGCUGCUGACGAGAACGAGCACGAGCACGAGCACGAGAACGAGCACGAGAACAAGCAGCUCGGGCAGUACGGCCUGACGAGGGAGCACGUGGACAAGGCGCCGGUGGAUCCCCUGUUCGCGUUCAAGGUGAAGGAAUCCUCCGUGGCGACCGAGGACCUGCUGAGGCUGUACGGCGAGCUCGUGACGGCGCAAAAGGUCGCCAUGGGCGAGUGCAGGGACGAACGCGGCGGGCUGCGCGUGGACGAGGAGCGGCUCCAGGGCCGGAAGAGGGAUCACAUGGCGGCCAUCCACAGGUGGCUCGAGGCCAUUGCUGCGCAUGAAGCGCUCGGCGAGAUGCUCAAUGUUUGA